CGUCGGUCACUUGUGCUUCGUCUAUCAUCGAACGAACCUCGCUUCUUCCCACCUAAAGAAAAAAAUGGCAUCUCACAUUGUUGGGUACCCCCGUAUGGGGCCAAAUAGAGAGCUUAAGUUUGCUCUGGAAUCUCAUUGGGAUGGAAAGAGCAGUGCUGAAGAGCUGCAGAAGGUGGCGGCCGAGCUGAGGUCAUCCAUUUGGAAGCAGAUGGCUGGUGUUGGGAUCAAGUACAUUCCCAGCAACACUUUCUCUUACUACGAUCAGGUUCUUGAUACCACUUCCAUGCUCGGUGCAGUCCCUCCGAGGUACAACUGGAAUGGCGGGGAGAUUGGGUUUGAUACGUACUUCUCUAUGGCCAGAGGAAAUGCCUCUGUGCCGGCCAUGGAAAUGACCAAGUGGUUUGAUACCAACUACCACUACAUUGUCCCUGAGCUGGGCCCUGAUGUGAAAUUCUCUUAUGCUUCUCACAAGGCAGUGACUGAAUACAAGGAGGCUAAGGCGCUUGGUAUAGAUACCAUCCCAGUUCUAGUUGGUCCAGUAUCAUACUUGUUGCUAUCCAAACCUGCCAAGGGAGUUGAAAAAUCAUUCCAACUUUUGUCUCUCCUGGACAAGAUCAUUCCAAUCUACAAGGAAGUUAUUUCUGACUUGAAGGAAGCUGGUGCUUCUUGGAUCCAGUUUGAUGAACCCCAGCUUGUGUUGGAUCUUGAAUCUCACCAGUUGGAAGCAUUCACUAGGGCUUAUUCUGAGCUGGAGUCAUCUUUUGGUGGCCUUAAUGUUCUUGUUGAGACCUACUUUGCUGAUGUCCCUGCCGCAGCAUUCAAAACACUUACAUCUCUGAAGGGAGUUACUGCCUUUGGUUUUGACCUGGUCCGUGGAUCUAAGACCAUAGACUUGAUUAAGGGUGGGUUUUCUUCAGGAAAACUCCUGUUUGCUGGAAUUGUUGAUGGCAGGAACAUUUGGGCAAAUGAUCUUGAUGGAUCCCUCAAUAUCUUGAAAUCUCUUGAGGACAUUGUUGGGAAAGACAAGCUUGUUGUAUCUACUUCUUGCUCCCUUCUACACACUGCUGUUGAUCUCGUGAACGAAACCAAGCUUGAUGAUGAAAUCAAAUCAUGGCUUUCUUUUGCUGCCCAAAAAGUUGUUGAAGUAAAUGCGUUGGCCAAGGCAUUGAGUGGUCAAAAGGAUGAGGCAUUUUUCUCUGCUAAUGCGGCUGCUCAAGCUUCAAGAAAGUCAUCUCCAAGAGUUACUAACGAAGCUGUUCAAAAGGCUGCUGCUGCUUUGAAGGGAUCUGACCACCGCCGCACUACAAAUGUUAGUGCUCGGCUUGAUGCUCAACAAAAGAAACUUAACCUCCCAAUUCUUCCAACCACCACUAUUGGUUCAUUUCCUCAGACAGUGGAACUUAGAAGGGUUCGCCGUGAAUACAAGGCCAAAAAGAUUUCUGAGGAAGAGUAUGUUAAGGCCAUCAAGCAGGAAAUUAGCAAUGUUGUUAAGCUUCAAGAAGAGCUUGACAUUGAUGUCCUGGUUCAUGGAGAGCCUGAGAGGAAUGAUAUGGUUGAGUACUUCGGCGAGCAACUUUCUGGCUUUGCCUUUACUGCCAACGGAUGGGUUCAAUCUUAUGGAUCUCGGUGUGUGAAGCCACCCAUCAUCUAUGGUGAUGUGAGCAGGCCUAACCCAAUGACUGUCUUCUGGUCCAGUACUGCUCAAGGCAUGACCAAGCGCCCGAUGAAGGGAAUGCUCACUGGCCCGGUUACCAUUCUCAACUGGUCCUUUGUCAGAAAUGAUCAACCAAGAUUCGAGACCUGCUACCAGAUUGCUCUGGCUAUUAAGGACGAAGUCGAGGAUUUGGAGAAGGCAAACAUCAAUGUGAUUCAAAUUGACGAAGCAGCCUUGAGAGAGGGGCUCCCUCUUAGGAAGGCAGAACAUGAUUUCUACCUGAAGUGGGCUGUCCACUCCUUCAGAAUCACCAACUGUGGGGUCCAGGACACCACCCAGAUCCACACCCACAUGUGCUACUCCAACUUCAACGACAUCAUUCACUCCAUCAUCGACAUGGAUGCUGAUGUCAUCACGAUCGAGAACUCCCGCUCCGACGAGAAGCUGCUGUCGGUUUUCCGCGAGGGAGUGAAGUACGGUGCCGGAAUCGGGCCCGGCGUGUACGACAUCCACUCUCCCAGAAUACCGUCAGCCGAAGAGAUUGCUGACAGAGUCAACAAGAUGCUUGCAGUCCUCGACACCAACAUUCUGUGGGUCAACCCUGACUGUGGACUCAAGACCCGCAAGUAUACCGAGGUGAAACCCGCCCUUGAAAACAUGGUUUCUGCUGCCAAGCUCAUCCGAACCCAACUUGCCAGUGCCAAGUGAAGUGUCGCCACAGCCUCCUCCUAUCUAUCAACUUCUCCCAACCACUAUUACUAAUGCACGAGUACUCUAGUGCUUUGUUAAUCUCUGUUUGUGAUGAUUAAGAUGUUUUGCUCUCUAGGUUCCUUAUCAGCAUUUUUUUUUUCGUCCUAGAUUUCAUUUACAAUUUUGAAAAGGUUUUAUUUCCUGUACUUUUGUGAGUUUUACUCGAGUGCUUUGGGUCAUUUUUAUUUGUAUUCUCUCUGUGCUUUUCAUGGCUGUAAGCAACACAAUAUUGUAAUCCCGCAUACAAAUAAAAGCCUUUUUACUCU